AUGUUCAUCUACCUCCUCCCUUUUCUUCUGCUCCUCGUAAUCAAUGCUCAAUUUAAUGAUAAUUGUAAUGGCGAGAAUAAAACGACUUAUUUGAGGACGGAAAAGGUCCUCACAAUCGAGGAGCCAUUGCUUUUGCUGACUGAUGUCACGCUCAAUCAUUGUGCAAUGGAGUGUACAAAGAAUAGUAAUGUAAGUCAACAUAGCUUACGGUGAUAAUUUUAAAUUAAAAUGAUAUUUAUUUAGGGGGUUCCCUGCAAAACAUUUGAAUAUAAUGCUCAGAAACAGACUUGUGCCCUCAAGAAAAACUCGGCCCAACCUGUUGGAAAAGCCGUUUUAAUGCCGGCCACCAACAAUGGACUGGCUUUGUUUCAACAAAUCUGUAUUCCAAGUGAGCUGUCACCCAUUUUUUAAGCAAACUGUGCGAUUUACAAUAUUUAAAAAAUUGUAUUUUAGCGAACAAUCUUUGCGUGGCCCCUUAUAGUUUUGAGCGAUUUCCCCAAAAGAUUCUCACGGGCCAUGCCAUGGAAGUAUUAUCCGUAAAGAGUCUAUCACAAUGUCUAUUGGAAUGUCUGGAAUCUAGGGAACGAAUGCAUAUCGAUUGUAAAUCAGUUAUGUAUUACUAUGAGACAGGAGAAUGCAUUAUGAAUCGGGAACAGAGGAAGACCGCGCCUCAUCUAUUCUCAUCUGACACCAAAUUUCAACUGGUCGAUUAUUUUGAAAACAAUUGUUUCGAUGGUUUGUUACCACAGACAAGCUUCGAACUCUUACUUUAUUUCAGUCCAAUGUGCAGACGGCUAUAAAGUGCAUUGGAUUCGGAUGGAUGACUUUGAGAUCGGUGAAGAUAAAGACGUCAUAAUGGGGGGACUGUCCAGCGAAGAGUGCAAACAGGCCUGCACGGUGAGAUAUUACAUUUCACUAUCAAAAAAUAUUAGUUGUAAAAUUUUCAUUCAUUCAACAUGUCCAUAAGUUUAGGACAAUACGGUUGGAUCCGAGAUUUUUCCAUGCAAAGCAUUUGUUUACACUUCCAGCAAGAAAGAAUGCAGGUUAUCGGCGGAAACGGGAAGUCUGGCCACCGGAAAAAAAAGUAGCAAUGGAGCCCUGAUAUCUGAAUUGAGUUCAAUAUCAGCUGGACAAUAUCUCGAAAAGUUUUGUUUACAAGGUGAGCUUAUUCUAAGAAAAGUAAACUUAGCAAUUAUCACUUCAGGACCAGUAAAAUGCAAAGACACCUCAUUUGAUAUGAUUCCGAACAGAAUGUUGGAGAUCAGAGAGCGUGUCAUCAUCACAAACAGCCUCAGUGAAUGUCUUUUCCAAUGUCUCCAACUGGCCGAAGAUUGUAAUUCCGUCAUGUUCUUCAAGGAUAUUGUAAGUUCUUUGUGCAAAUAUUAUUAUGUUCAGGACGAAUGUGUUCUCAAUAAGAAGAGUCAAUUUUCGGAUCCGGAUCUCUUCAAGUCGGCUGAGAAGGUUGAUUACUUUGAUAAUGUUUGUGAUUACGAAGUCAGACCGUCCAAAUCCAACCUCUCAGACGACCAUAAAUCGUUUACCGAUCCUCCCAAAAUGAGGCCGAUGUUUAUGCCAAAUAUGGAUGUAACUGUUGAGAACACUCCGUUUACACUUUCCGGAGAAGCCACAACGGCAAUAACUUCAGCUGAGGACGUGACGAUGAGCACAACACCAGCUAAGAAGAAGAAUGGAAGUAAGUAUGACGUCAUUUUAAGUGGAAUGUUACAGUAAUCGAGACGGAUUGUCGCUUGGAUGGGAUCCAAAUAGACGCUCAUUUUGAUGAACCCUCAACCGGAGCCAUCUUUAUCAAAGAUCAUUCCUCAACUUGCCGAAAUACUUUUGAAGAUGCGAGGGAUGCGAGAUUAGAGAUACCGUAUCCCUCGUCCACAAAUACUAAUCAAGUUUGUCCAGGAAUUGAAUUGGCACCAAGUCUAUGGUCUUAUAUUGUAGUAGUCCAAAAGAACUCAAUGGGGAUUCCAUCGUUGAUGACUGGACAAGACCGCAUAUUCAAUGUGACUUGCGAUUAUUCUAAUAUUGUCAAAAAUGAGAAAAGGUAAUAUUUACAUAUUUUGUUUUUGUAAAUACAGCGUUUUAUUUUUUGCACAAUCUAAUUGUCUAUAAACAUCAAUUAAAAUUACAGUGCGCGAUCCACCGAGAUAUCCCACGAUCCUCCGCGCCCGGUCUUCCAUAUGAGCCCUCCGGCAAUCCCCGAGAAAGUAGUAAUGUCAAUAUUGAAAGACGGUAUUCCCGUGAAUACUGUAAGUUUGGGAGAAGAGUUGGAGCUCCGAUGGAAAAUAUCAGAAGAGUUGAAGAAGGGGGUGGAAGGCGAACGGUUGGGAUUCUUGGUGGAAGAAUGCACGGCCGAGAGAUUGGAGGGACUCCCGCCUGAUCCAGCCCCACUCCCACUGAUUGUUGGAGGGCAAGUAAUAAAAUCAAUUUUAUUAAAUCGCUUCCAAAGUUAUGUAGAAUCCGUUAAUGACUUUGAUUUUAUAGUUGUCCCGAGAAAAGGGUGAAAGGUCAAUUAAUAAAAGGACCGGUUGAGGAGACCAGUGAGGGAUUCAGCACCAAGAUCAAAGUCUUCAGAUUCGAUGGAUCCAAGAGGGUCAGGAUCAGAUGUUCCAUCAAUAUUUGUGUGGAAAAAUGCGAUCCGGUAAGGGAAUUUAAUUUUAUCUCCAUUCGAUGAUCUCGAAUACUAUUACGCAAUUUAAUUUGGAUCCGAUCAUUAAAUCAAAUUUCCAGAUCAAUUGUGAUGAAGCCAAACCCAACUCAUCAUUAAUGAGUUUUGGCCGGAAGAAACGUCAAACCAUAAAGGAAUUAGCAUCAAUGAUCGAACAGUAUGAUAAGAUCCGAGGGGAAGCCAUCCAGAAAAAAGUAAUAUGCAAUUUUUGAUCUUUCUUACAGUUAUCGUGAGCAAUAUUUUAGCUUUUACAAGGUGAAACAAUUGAGCAGAGCAUGGCCCAAGGGUCCUUUACUAUCCUAGAUUCUCCGGAACGACAGGAAAACGAGGAUAAUAUAAUCACGACUCCCUUUCCCUUGACCAAGUCAGUCGUAAUGAGUACAAUAUCUCAAGCUCAGACUGAUCAAGAUGUCAAUGAGUUCAGUGAAAGUUUGUUGAAUAACACUAUGGAAUGCGGUAAGUGACCUUUUUCUUAUGUUCCUUAUGGUUUCAGACGCUGAGAACAGCAAGAUUUGUGUGAAAAGAUCGUUUGCCAUCGCUCUUCUGAUGAUAAUUACCGUACUCUUUGCCUCGCAGAUGUUUACCUUUUUUUCCUGGCUUCAGAACCGUCAAUCGAAUCUGCAUCUGCAUUCUUCGAGUGCUUUGAGUAAGUGAUUGCGCAACUUAACGCUUUAUUUCAAAUUUUGGGCAAAGGAUUAACAUGGAUAAAAUAAUGUAAUGUGAUCAUAACUCAAGUAGUCUCACACCUGUCGUUUGAAUUAUUUAUUAUGUAAUUUCAGGUCACUCCUCGGCAUCCAUGUCCACUCAUUCCACUUUAUCUUCCGGAUUUCGAUCACGAUCGAGCAGUAAUAGUAAUACUUUAUACUAUGGUAAAUAA